AUGUCUUUGGUUGAUGAACCGGAAGAAGAUAAUCCAGUGGUUACUGUAGAGAAAGAACAAGUGGCAGCUACAACAGAUGAUCCAUUCAACGUUGAUGUGUUAUUUGAUACAGAUGUCUUGGAAACAGGGCCAGAAGUUGUUGUUAAUGUUGAACAAGUUGUAGAUGUUGAAGCACAGAAAGAGAAAGAAAAAGUUGUUGAUGAUAUUGAGGGUGACGAUGUAGAUAGAAGUACAACAAGUUCAUCAAGUUCUUCAGAUGGUGGUAUUGAAGAUAUUGAAAGUCGAAAAAGAAUUCAAGAAGAGAUUGAAAAAGAGAAGCUGUUACGAAAGACAAAGAGACAGGAAAAGGACGACGAUGAUGUUUAUGUGCCUUCUCCAGAGCAUGUCUCAGGAUCGCAAUCUUCUCCAAGAGUUAGAAAGAAAGUUGGAGUUCGAAAGAAAAAACCACCUACACCACCACAUGAACAAACACCACCACCGUCACCUAUCCAAUCAGCACCACGACAACCUACUCCACCACAACAAUCCUCACCACCUAAACAACCAACACCUCCAAGACAACCAUCAUCUAUUCAUCAAACACUACCACAACAACCUCUUGUUACCUCACAAGAUAUAUUUCAAACACCUUCACUCACCCAAGUGCAACCUGGUUUGUCUAGCAGAGGUCUUUAUACUCCACAGGAUAAUCUUUUAGAUGUUGGAGACUUUGAUUUUGCCAACACUUCACAAGUCAGAAAUGUUGAAAAGAGAGUUGAAGAAGUUGUUGCUGAAAACAAAAGGCUGGCAGCUGAAAAUAAGAAAGUUAAAGUUGAUGAACUUGAGGAAGAGAAAGCUAGACGUGAUGAACAGAAUGAAUACUUUAAGUUGAAGAACAAAGAAUUUGAAGCAGCCAAAGCAUUAAGAGAUCACGAGUUCUAUAUGCUAAACAAAGUUGUCGAAAGCAUGCUCGGAACAUCGGUAGAUCAAAAGUUUGAAGAGCUGCAAGUCGAAGAGCUUAGAGCUGAACGUCAAGCCGAGAUUGAAAGACAAAUGAAAGAUAAAGGUAAGGGAGUUGAAGGAAGCUCAGCUGUGACUGAAAGAUCAAUAGUACCUUCUAUGGUGGUUGAUAAUCCCGAGCCUAUCUCUGCAAUAUCUGUUAUGUUUGAGGAGGAAACACAUCUAGAAGAGUUGAUGGAUGAUGAUGAUGACGAUGCUGCAGGUGGUACAGGUUUAAAAGUUACAGAAGCUUCCACUGAGAAAAAGGUUGAUGAUCUGAUGAAUGCUUCAGUAAAUGAAGAAUCAGGGGAAGCAAGUGGAAAGGGGGAGUCUAAUGUGAAUCCGGAGAUCAAGUUUGAUUUUGAAGAAGAGUUGGAGUCUUUUGAUAUCAAUCAACAGCCUGAAUACACGUAUAAGUAUGUUGAAGAGGCUGAUAAGUAUGAUCGAGUUGAGAUUGAAGACUGGACGGAUGAUGAAGAGGUAGUUGAAGAUACUUCUAUGUUUCCUACACUUAUGGAGUUCUUUGCUGAGGAAAAUAGAGAAGAAUUAAGGCAAAAGGUGACUGAGGCAGUGAAAGAAAAGAACUUCGAGAGCACUCAAAAGGAAAUGGAAAAGGAAGAUAGAUCGAAAUGGUUCAAAAAGAGUCACGAGAGAAAGUUUAAAUGA